AAGAUUUUUAGAGGAGGCGGUGGAGUUGCUGUUAGCAGUUCUUUCUUUGCUACUGCUGUGCGGCGUUCUCUGAAAACCUGCUUCGUGCGCCGAGGUAGCUCCUCUGCUCGUAUCCCUGACGACUCGACCACCACGGCGUACCACACGGGCUGGGUUCUCCGGCGAGCGCGCCUCCGAAGCACCGCCGAAUCUUUCUUCCAUCGGUCACCAAUGAACUCGCUGCCAUCUCUACCGAUCUGAACUAAAGCCACCGGCCAGAACCUCCCUACCAAGGCCGGGCAGGUGGACGACUCACCCCCUGGAUCAGCCGAGCGGAGAGGAGAGGCAGCUUGCAGAUUGAUUGGAGGAGGUCGAAGAUCAGUCCCGCCGGCGAUCAGAUCGCUACGGUCACAAUAACCUAGGCCCUACAUCGUCGUCCCUGUUCGCAGUUUCUGCUUGGCGCCGCCGUCCAUCCGACCGCUCAGCCCGCGCUUCAGCGGAGAUGCAGAGGACGGUGGAUUUCAAGCUCCCCCACUUUUUCAACUACCCGCCAUACUUUACUUUGCAGCCUGUGAGAGAAACACGUGAAAAGCAAGUGCAGCUAUGGAAAGAGCUGAUACUUGAUUACUGUAGAAGUCAAAAGAUGUAUAUAAUCUCCCUGGAAGAAGAUUUUCCGUUGUUCUCCAAUCCAAAGAUUGAGAGAUCUCUAAGCUAUGAAGCAAAGGAAGUGUUCCUUGCAGCUCUUGUUAGUGAAGGGCGCGCAGAGUGGAUUGACAAAAAUCACAAGAAGUGUCUCGUUCUUUGGCUGCGGAUUCAAGAUUGGGCUAACUACAUAUUAGACUUCGUAAAGGAAAAUGGGUUGGAAGUAACAACAAUUGAAGAUAUACGCUCUGGAAUUGAAACACAUGGGACCGAACUUGCGGGAAUUGAUCGUGGUGUCCUCAUGCGAGCUUUGAGGCUGCUGGAACAGAAGGGAAAGGCAGUUAUCUUUAAGGGCAGUUCAGCAGACGAUGAAGGCGUCAAAUUUUCUGUUUAAACUUUGUGUACUAGCCCCCAACUAACAGAUGAAUAAUCUCGACCGGUGUCCUUGAACAUGAUACAUCCCUUCUUACCCGUACACUGAUCACAUCCUUCCGGCGUGUUUAUCGGCAUCAUUCAAACCUUGAUAUUUAUUUGCUCUAUUCACAUUUCC